AAGCUAGAAAAGAAAAUCCUCCUCGAAUCAAGACUUGAGUUGGCAAUGUCUAACCUAAAAAAUCUGUUGAAAGAGGAAGGCAAAGGAAAGACGAUAACUACAAGUCAACUCAUUUUAUAUGCCUGUUUGGUUUGGUCGCACCAGUCAUUCCAUCGCAAACUUUUUACCCUCACCAUCACAUGCAAAGUACGGAUUUUCAUUCUUCACUCGCUCCUUGCAACUUAUCCCAGAGAUUUUUUUACCUCUCUCCCUCUCCCUCAUCAUUUUUUAUCCUUUUAAGUCUUGUCGUUUUAACCGCUAAUUGAUGGAGUUCUUCUCUGACUCUCAAGCUCUAUCUUCUCAAGUUCAUUUGUUAGCCGCUUCCCAACACCCCCACCAAAAAACAAAGACCCCUCUCUCUCUCUCUCUCUCUCUCUCUAGUUCGUAAUAAAGCUUUUCUGCUAUCAUACCAUUAGGCUCUUCCGUCUUUUCUUUUCUUUUUCUGGCGAAACCAUUUCAUUCUUUUUCUUUUGGGCAACUAUUUGCUUUCUGCGUGUGUUUGUGUGUGUUCUUGAUGAUUUGAGAACUAAUGGAUAAACGUCGAGCCCGGAAACAAGCCAAGACCAGGAGCGCCAAGUCAGAAGAAGUGAGCAGUCUUGAGUGGGAGUUCAUAAAGAUGACUGAACAAGAAGAAGAUCUCAUCUACAGGAUGUACAGACUGGUUGGAGACAGGUCGGAUUCCAGGGCGAAAACCAGAAGAAAUAGAGAGGUUUUGGAUAAUGAGACAUGGUCAGGUAUUUGCCGAGAAAAGAAGCGAGCAUAGCGCCAAGAAUUCAUAGUGCUCCACUCAUUUGAUCCCCCCACAUGUUUAGAAGAAUUCCUUUUCCUGUGUUGGAACUCUUUUUGCAUAUAAAGUUUGUUUUGUUUGCUUAUUUUUUUCCCCCAUCUUUGUUCUUGUCUUUCUUCUGUAUUCAUUUUCUUUAUAGUAUUGUGAACAAUAUGAUCUCCUGUGUAAUAGUGGAGACUCUCCCUCUCUCUCA